AUGGCGGACCUUACGAGGCCCCCUCUUUGUGACAUAAAACGACCCGAAGAAGUGGUGAAGAUGUCGAUGACCGACAAUCUAAAGUUUGCCGUCUUGAUCGGGUUGAUCGAGGUGGGCCAGGUGUCGAAUCGCGAGGUCGUCAAUACGGUGCUGCAUUUGCUUGUCGGCGGGGAGUUCGAUAUGGAGCUGAACUUUGUAGUGCAGGAUGCACAGAAUGUAAAACACAUGCUGGAGCUGCUAGAUCACUGCACGGCCAACCUUCAAGCCGAGGUGUGGAGCGUAUUCAUAGCGAUCUUGAAGAAGAGUGUGCGUAAUCUGCAGGCCUGUACCGAGGUCGGUCUCAUCGAGCAUGUUCUGGGCCGGCUGCAUCAGGCCGAACCGAUUGUAGCAGAUCUUCUUAUUGAGAUGCUUGGCGUGCUAGCAAGCUACAGCAUCACGGUAAAGGAACUAAAGCUGCUAUUCGGUGCAAUGAAGGCAGUCAACGGGAAGUGGCUCCGUCACUCAGCCAAGCUACUGAAUGUGUUGAAGCAGAUGCCUCAUCGCAACGGUCCAGAUGUAUUUUUCAGUUUUCCUGGCCGCAAGGGUUCGGCCGUCGUACUUCCUCCAUUAGCCAAAUGGCCAUACGAAAAUGGCUUCACUUUUAGCACCUGGUUCCGGCUGGAUCCGAUCAAUUCUGUGAACAUCGAGCGUGAAAAACCUUACUUAUACUGUUUUAAAACGUCCAAGGGGGUCGGUUAUACGGCUCAUUUCGUAGGCAACUGCCUUGUCCUUACCUCGAUGAAAGUGAAGGGCAAGGGAUUCCAGCACUGUGUCAAAUAUGAGUUUCAGCCGCGUAAGUGGUACAUGAUUGCCAUUGUAUAUAUCUACAAUCGGUGGACGAAGAGUGAGAUCAAGUGCCUGGUGAAUGGACAGCUGGCUUCCAGUACCGAGAUGGCUUGGCUGGUGUCGACCAACGACCCGUUCGACAAGUGCUACGUUGGUGCAACACCGGAGCUGGAUGAAGAGCGCGUAUUUUGCGGACAGAUGGCCGCAAUCUACCUUUUCUCGGAAGCUUUAACCACGCAGCAAAUCUGCGCAAUGCAUCGACUCGGCCCUGGUUACAAGUCCCAGUUUCGUUUCGACAACGAGUGCUAUUUGAACUUACCGGAUAACCACAAGCGGGUGAGUGACAUGGCAUCGAAAGACAGCCACUUGUCGUCCCUUUCGCCAACACCCCUUGCCCCGACCGAGUCCAGCAUCCAUAGAAAUCUAGUUAGCGGUAGUACGGCUCACAGUGCCUCGGCCCAGCCCUCUGGUACCAACGAACCAUCGCCCCCGUUUUCCACAUCCUCUACGACUUCGGCCAAUUCAGCCUCAUCACCUGGCGUUGCGCUUGCUUCUACCGCCUCCGGCACCGGUUGCGAAUCGUUUGAUUUAGUAUCCGUUCUGUACGAUGGCAAGCUGUCAAGCGCAAUAGUUUUCAUGUACAAUCCCGUCGCUACUGAUGGCCAGCUUUGUCUCCAAUCGGCUCCCAAGGGCAAUCUAUCGUACUUCGUGCAUACUCCACACUCCCUAAUGCUGCAGGAUGUGAAGGCGGUUGUAACACACUCAAUCCACUGCACGCUGAACUCGAUUGGCGGUAUCCAGGUGCUGUUCCCUCUUUUCUCCCAGCUUGACAUGCCAUACGAAGGGACAGAAGUUAGAAAGGAUCCUACACUAUGUGCCAAACUUCUUGGGUUUAUUUGCGAGCUGGUAGAAAGUUCGCAAACCGUGCAACAACACAUGAUACAGAACCGUGGCUUUCUAGUGAUAUCAUUCAUGCUACAAAGAUCGUCCCGUGAUCACUUGUCGCUAGACGUUCUCGGAUCGUUCCUAAGCCUCACGAAGUAUCUCGUGACAUGUUUAUCCGCCAACUCGGACCUGCUUCUCAAACAGCUCUUCUGUUUUUCUUUCCUUACAUGGCAGCUGCUCGAUCACGUGCUGUUCAAUCCGUCGCUGUGGAUCUAUACGCCGGCUACGGUGCAGGCGCGUCUUUAUGCCUACUUAGCAACUGAGUUUCUCAGCGACACGCAAAUCUAUAGCAACGUGCGGCGUGUCAGCACCGUCCUUCAAACCGUGCACACCUUGAAGUUCUACUAUUGGGUUGUAAACCCUCGUUCGAAAAGUGGAAUCACGCCGAAAGGGCUCGAUGGACCACGCCCUGCCCAGAAAGACAUCUUGGCGAUUCGGGCGUACAUUCUGCUGUUUUUGAAGCAGCUGAUCAUGAUCGGUAACGGAGUGAAAGACGACGAGCUGCAGAGCAUAUUGAACUAUCUGAUGACGAUGCACGAGGACGAAAAUUUGCACGAUGUUCUGCAGAUGCUAAUUUCACUGAUGUCCGAACAUCCGAGCUCGAUGGUGCCGGCAUUCGACGUGAAGCACGGUGUGCGCACGAUCUUCAAGCUACUGGCUGCCGAAAGUCAAUUGAUACGUCUUCAGGCUCUCAAGCUUCUCGGCUUCUUUUUAUCACGCAGCACGCACAAGCGAAAAUACGACGUCAUGUCUCCGCACAAUCUUUACACGCUGCUUGCCGAGCGCUUGCUGCUGUAUGAAGAGUCAGUGUCGUUGCCUACCUACAACGUCCUUUACGAGAUCAUGACUGAGCACAUCUCGCAGCAAAUACUGUAUGCGAAGCACCCGGAGCCAGAAAGCCAUUACCGCCUGGAAAACCCAAUGAUUCUCAAAGUGGUCGCCACGCUGAUCAGACAGUCGAAGCAGUCGGAGCAACUGAUCGAGGUGAAGAAAUUGUUUCUUUCCGAUAUGACGUUGUUGUGUAACAACAAUCGUGAAAACCGGCGUACGGUGUUGCAAAUGAGCGUAUGGCAGGAGUGGUUGAUUGCGAUGGCUUACAUCCAUCCGAAAAGCUCCGAGGAGCAAAAGCUGUCCGAUAUGGUGUACUCGCUGUUUCGUAUGCUGCUGCAUCACGCUAUCAAAUACGAGUACGGUGGGUGGCGAGUGUGGGUUGAUACGCUAGCCAUCGUUCAUUCGAAGGUGUCGUACGAAGAAUUCAAGCUGCAGUUUGCGCAGAUGUACGAACACUACGAAAAACAUCGCACAGACAACAUAACUGAUCCGGCGCUCCGACAACAGCGUCCCAUCAGCACGAUCAGCGGUUGGGAGCAUGGUGCUGGCAACGGUAGUGGCAAGGAAGCAGAUCUGGAAUUGCAUAACGGUAGCGUCAACCAAGCCGGACCAGGUUCACUGGUUGCCACCAGCACCACCAGUGGUUGUAUUUGCGAACCAGAAACCAAUGAAACUGCAAUCAAGAAGUCUGUUGUGUUGAAAACAAAUGGUGAAAGCUUUCCGAUCGGUUCUUCCGGCCUGAUGGAUCGCGACAUUCUGGACGAAAACGUUGUCGGUGAGGUGGAAGACGAAGAGGAUGACGACGAUGGACGACAGAUGGGGCGCCAAAGUGUUGAGGACAAUGAUGACGAAGAGGAUGAUGACGAAGAAGAGGAGCAUGAAGUCGAUCGACAGGAAGACGGUGAAGUAGUUCCGUCUUACGCGCUUCACAGCAAUCAGGUUGUCUCGUCGGAAAUGGUGGUGAAGGAGAUAGUUGAUGAAAUCGUUGAUAAAUCGGUCAGGAAUGUGCUGCUGGGGAACGAUUCUGCCGGCGACGAUGUGCAGGAGAAAGUAAGGUGCGAACAGCACACUAAGGAAGCUUCCGACGAACCCACUUCAUCGCCCGUGAUUAAGGACGAAGAAAUCGAACUGGCGGUCAACGAGGUGGUAAAGAUGAGCCAGGAAACGUCGAAACCGCUGGACGAAGAGUGUAGCGGAGGAUCGGUGGACUUGAUUAACAACAACAAGAACACAAUUGCUGCCAGAAUCGACGACAGUGAUGACAAUGGAAUGGAAAUUGGUGCAAUCGUACAAACUGUAGCUGCGGUGCAACCACCACUGUAUAAAGAUGAACAGGAUGCGGAAAGGGUGACAGCAACGAUCAGUGCGAUCGUGGAAGAGCUGAUCGAUCGCAGUCUAGCAGACGAACGUUCGAGCAUAGACGCCGGAGUGGCAUUAGCUUACGAGAUGAAAGGGGUUGUUGAAACUAUAAUUACGAAUGCCCUUGGGCGGGUGGAAAACACUGAUGACAAGAAGGAACCAGCUGAUACGAAUCAGUCGCAGCAAAGUCACCAUCAACCUCACCACCAUCACGUACCCCAUCAACAGCAGCAGCAUCAUCAUCACGACGGAGAAGAGCAACCAAAAAUUAGUGUGGUAUCCGAAGCGAUGGAAGGCAUUGCUGGCGAAACAGUUGUAGUUCUAAACGAGGCGCCAGAGAAUGAGGAGGACGAAGAACAACAGGAGGAUGACCAAGAUGAGGUAGAGCACGAGCACGAGCACGAGGAUGGUGUUGUUAUAGUUGAAUCAAUUGAUUCACGCAACGUGAAAACGGACGUAUUGUUGCUCAACAAUAGUGCUGACAAUUCUUACGAUAGUAGCGGGACAGUUGUAGCAGAGGACGGUGGCAUCGUUUCCUCCGGCACUGUUCUCCCACAGUCCGACGAUGUGCCAGCAGCUAAGCGGGCGGUUAACGUAUCCACCAAUACGCAGCAGCAGUUCGUUGAGUCCCUGGAACAGCCUAUCACCAGUGUGUCUAGCGGUGGUCAGCCGCUACCGCAAAGUCAACUGCCACACCUUUCUCAAUCAAUCGGUGGCGGCAGCUAUAAAGGUGGCAAGCGAUCGAAGGUCCCCUCGACAAAUCGGCCAAUGUUUUCGCCCGGACCAACGCGACCACCGUUCCGUAUACCGGAGUUCAAAUGGUCCUACAUCCACCAGCGACUCUUGUCCGACGUCCUCUUUUCACUAGAGACCGACAUUCAGGUGUGGCGCAGUCACUCGACGAAAAGUGUGCUAGAUUUUGUCAAUUCGGCCGAAAACGCCAUCUUCGUGGUCAACACGGUGCAUCUGAUAUCGCAACUGGCUGACAAUUUGAUCAUCGCAUGUGGAGGACUAUUGCCACUGUUAGCGAGUGCCACUUCGCCCAACUCCGAGCUCGACGUGCUUGAACCAACCCAGGGUAUGCCGCUCGAUGUGGCCGUUUCAUUUUUGCAGCGCCUCGUCAACAUGGCCGAUGUUCUCAUAUUCGCCAGCUCGCUUAAUUUUAGCGAGCUUGAGGCCGAAAAGAACAUGUCGUCGGGCGGCAUAUUGCGCCAGUGUUUGCGGCUGGUAUGUACCUGUGCGGUGCGCAACUGUCUCGAGUGCAAGGAACGUACACGGGGGCUAUACAACGGUAUGGCACUGAAGGAUAUUCCCGGCGGUGUGCACCUGCAGGCGCUCAUACGGGGGGCACAGUCGUCGUCGAAGACGAUCAUUGAAUCGUUGUCGGGGCCAAUGAGUCCGGUGAAGGACCCGGAGAAGCUGCUGCAGGACAUGGACAUAAACCGACUGCGGGCGGUCAUCUACCGGGAUGUGAAACGACUCUUUCAGGAGGAAACCAAGCAAGCCCAGUUCCUGUCGCUGGCGAUCGUUUACUUCAUUUCUGUGCUGAUGGUAUCCAAGUAUCGCGAUAUUCUCGAGCCACCGGUCGAGCUGCAGAUACACCGAAACUCUUCGCCUGUCAUACACCGUGCAACACCCGCAACACAAGAAUCCAGCAAUCGGCCACUGUUUCCGCAGUGGUCACAUCACGUCUACCCGCAAUUUCUUCCCGGGUCUCAUCCGAGCCACCAACCCACGGCCGCCGUUACUGUCGGGGCCGGUGGAGUUCAAGGAUCGUCGGCGCCUGGUGGUGGUGGUGUUUGUAGCAGUGGAAAUGUGCCCGUUCUACACCACGGAAGCAACAACAUCUCGUCGUCCUCGCAUACCAUCUCCUCCUCGUCGUCCGCUUUACUCAACGCGAACAACAAUAGUAAUCUCAUCAACAACAACAACAGCACCAACACUAGCACCAAUCCCAAGGACAAUGUCGGUGCGAGCGUGAACGGCUCGCUGCCACCGUUAUACUACAGUAGCGCUGUCAAUAACAACAACAACAACGGCCAGAGCGGUUUCACUGCAAUAGCACCAAGCGGCAACUGUAUUUUCUCCAAUGAAAUGAUGAACUGCUACUCUCCGGCAGUCGCCGCCACAACCGUCAUCGGAGGUCAUCUUCACCAUCCUCAGCAACCACAACAGCAUCAGCAGCAGCAGCAGCAGCAACAACAACAACAAUACCAACAGCAACACACUCUUAACAACAACUCGCUCGCGUCAUUGAUUGCAUCGUCUGGCACGCAGUACAGUUCGGUGGUCGGCCAGCUUCGCGGUGGUGGCCGGUCAACCCACCACUCAGCGGUGGCUGCUCUACACAACGGAGUCAUCAAUAGUAGCAGCAGCAGCAACAGUGUUCACCAUCCUAGCGUCGUCGUUGGUGAAAAAAUGUCCAAAGGCACGCAAUCGAUGCAGGAGGGCGAUUACGAGGUAAUCGUGGUGGAUGAGAACAAUUCUUCCGUCAUUGCGGAUAACGAUUCUCAUUCCAGCGGCCCGCUUUCGAUCAAGAGCGUCGAUUCGGAUGGGGGCUCGUUAAACCUGAACUCCACCGAGAACGAUCCGCAGGAGGUUGAAACUUCGAGCGAAAUCAUGCCGGACGACAGCAAGCCGACCAACUCAAACGACGAAAGUUGGACCGACGUCAACCUGAACGAUGACGUGACGACCGAUAUGAAACCCCGCGCGGGUGAAGUGGGUGCCAUCGGCCUCAUCGGUGGUGGUGCCGUUGUCGGUGGCCCUCCCGGCGUCACCGGCAGCAUUUCGUCAAUUCAACCGAUGGGUGGCGGCGAAGUACGCAACGAUGGCGUUGGUGGCGAGCACAGCGGAACAACUAGUGGCAAGCAUGAGUCGGACAUAGCCGUCGUUCGGGUCCCGGAUGGGUUCAGCCAUGUGGCACCGAACGUCUCGAACCGGAGCCGUGCUGAUGAGCUAAACCUGAAGGCCCCAUUCGUCGGACAAAUCCCACUUGCGAUAUCAUCGCGCGAAGCCAGCCUUACCCAGAAGCUGGAGAUCGCCCUCGGGCCGGUGUGUCCUCUGUUGCGUGAAAUCAUGGUCGACUUUGCGCCCUUCCUGUCGAAAACGCUCGUCGGUUCGCACGGCCAGGAACUGCUGAUGGAGGGCAAGGGACUGACGACGUUCAAAAACAGCCACUCGGUGGUGGAGCUGGUAAUGCUGCUGUGCUCGCAGGAGUGGCAGAACAGCCUGCAGAAGCACGCGGGCCUCGCGUUCAUUGAGCUAAUCAACGAGGGCCGCCUGUUGUCUCACGCAAUGAAGGAUCACAUUGUGCGCGUCGCGAACGAGGCCGAGUUCAUCCUGAACCGGAUGCGGGCCGACGAUGUGCUGAAGCACGCCGAUUUCGAGUCGCAGUGUGCCCAGACGCUGCUGGAGCGGCGCGAAGAGGAGCGCAUGUGCGACCAUCUGAUUACUGCGGCACGGCGCCGGGACAACGUGAUCGCAAGUCGGCUGCUCGAGAAGGUGCGCAACAUUAUGGGCAACCGGCACGGUGCGUGGGGUGACAUGAACGCGAACUACCCGAAACAGAUUUUCUGGAAGCUGGACGCCUGGGAGGACGAUGCCCGGCGCCGGAAGCGAUUGGUUCAGAACCCUCGCGGUAGCAGCCAUCCGCAGGCCACGCUCAAGGCAUCGCUCGAGAAUGGCACGGCUCACGGCACGGGCGGAGUGGCGACGACGACGACGACGGCGACGACAGCGUCAAUAGCGGAUGACGGCGCGGUCGACGGUUGUGCAGCCGGUGGCAGCCGUGUGGGAGCGAUGGCGAGAGAUGAAAUUUACUCGCAGAUUGCAGUGCCGCGCUCGCAGCAACCGGAUUUGCUCGAUGACUCCGAGCUGCUGAUCGAGGACCGUGAGCUCGACCUCGAUCUAACGGGACCGGUAAACAUCAGCACGAAGGCGAAACUGAUCGCCCCAGGUGUAGUGGCCCCGGGCACGAUGUCAAUUACAUCUACCGAGAUGUACUUCGAGGUGGACGAAGAGAACGGCGAGUUUCAGUCGAUCGACACGGAGGUGCUAAAGUACUGCGACCAUCUGCACGGCAAAUGGUACUUUUCCGAGAUACGAGCCAUCUUCUCGCGCCGUUACCUACUGCAGAACGUAGCGCUGGAGAUUUUCCUCGCUAGCCGCACCUCCAUUCUGUUCGCCUUUCCCGACCAGCACACGGUGAAGAAGGUGAUCAAAGCGUUGCCGCGCGUAGGUGUGGGCAUCAAGUACGGCAUUCCGCAGACCCGGCGUGCCUCGAUGAUGUCGCCGCGCCAGCUGAUGCGCAAUUCGAACAUGACGCAGAAGUGGCAGCGGCGCGAAAUCUCUAACUUUGAGUAUCUAAUGUUUCUGAACACUAUUGCCGGGCGAACGUACAACGACCUCAACCAGUACCCCGUGUUUCCGUGGGUACUGACUAACUAUGAUACGCGCGAGCUCGACCUUAGCCAACCGUCCAACUACCGCGAUCUGUCGAAGCCAAUCGGUGCGCUCAACCCUAGCCGGCGCGAGUACUUCGAGGAGCGGUACGAAACGUGGGACACGCCAGGCAUUCCACCGUUCCACUACGGAACGCACUACUCGACGGCUGCGUUCGCCCUCAACUGGCUGAUACGGAUCGAACCGUUCACGAGCAUGUUUCUCGCACUGCAGGGUGGCAAGUUCGACCACCCGGAUCGACUGUUCUCGUCGGUGGCCCUGUCGUGGAAGAACUGCCAGCGCGACACAUCCGACGUGAAGGAGCUGAUACCGGAGUGGUACUUCCUGCCGGAGAUGUUCUACAACGCGUCCGAUUAUCGUCUCGGGCAGCGGGACGACGGUAGUGUGGUUGGUGACGUCGAGUUGCCACCGUGGGCCAAAACGCCGGAGGAGUUUGUGCGCCUGAACCGUAUGGCGCUCGAGUCGGAGUUCGUGUCGUGUCAGCUGCAUCAGUGGAUCGAUCUCAUUUUCGGCUACAAGCAGCGUGGCCCGGAAGCGAUGCGGGCAACGAACGUGUUCUAUUACCUCACGUACGAAGGCAGCGUGGAUCUGGAGACAAUCGGUGACCCGGUUACGCGGGAAGCGAUCGAAAAUCAAAUUAAAAACUUUGGCCAAACGCCCAGCCUGUUGCUGAUGGAACCGCAUCCACCGCGCUCGUCGGCCAUGCACCUGUCGCCGAUGAUGUUCAACACGAUGCCGGAUGACGUGUGUAUGUCGCUCAAGUUUCAUCUCAAUUCGCCGAUCAUCCACAUUUCGGCCAACACGUACCCGCAGCUACCGUUACCAUCGGUGGUGACGGUAACGGCCGGCCAUCAGUUCGCGGUCAAUCGCUGGAACUGCCAGUACACGGCGAGCAUACAGAGCCCGAGCUACGCUGAAUCGACACAAAACCUCAACGCAAACUUGCCGUUAACGAUGGAUCCGUUACUGUCGCAAAUUAAUGGUCAUAACAGCAAUAGCAAUCACCAGAAUCGGCGUCACCUGGGAGACAACUUCAGCCAAAAGCUACAGAUCAAGGCGAAUUGCUACGUUACCACGGUCGACAGCCGCUUUCUGAUCGCGUGCGGCUUUUGGGACAAUAGUUUUCGCGUUUUCUCCACCGAGACGGCCAAAAUCGUGCAAAUUAUUUUCGGUCACUUCGGUGUCGUGACGUGUUUGUCACGUUCGGAAUGCAACAUUACCUCCGACUGCUACAUCGCCUCCGGUUCGGCCGACUGCACCAUUUUGCUCUGGCACUGGAACGCACGGACACAGUCGAUUGUGGGCGAAGGCGAGAUACCAACACCGCGUGCUACUCUCACCGGCCAUGAGACGGCAGUAACGUCGGUAGUUAUCAGCGCCGAGUUGGGGCUGGUCGUCUCAGGUUCCAUACAUGGGCCAGUAUUGGUGCACACGACGUUUGGUGAUUUGCUGCGCUCGCUAGAAGCACCAAAGGACUUCGUUUCGCCGGAAAACAUAACGCUUUCGCGGGAGGGAUUUAUUGUCGUCAACUACGACGAAGGUAGUGUUGCCGCGUACACCAUCAAUGGGAAAUUGUUGCGUUACGAAUCGCACAAUGAUAAUCUUCAGUGUAUGCUGCUAUCGCGUGACGGAGAGUAUUUGAUGACCGCGGGCAAUAAGGGAAUUGUGGAGGUGUGGCGUACCUUCAACCUAGCGCCCCUCUAUGCGUUUCCAGCUUGCAAUAGCGGCAUACGUUCACUUGCCUUAACGCACGAUCAAAAAUACCUGCUUGCUGGACUGGCCACGGGAUCGAUCAUUGUUUUUCAUAUCGACUUCAACCGCUGGCACCAUGAGUACCAGCAGCGCUACUGAAACAGACCAAUCCUACAUGUGCAGCAUAAGGCCCCGCCAUCGCCCAAUAUAUAUGCUGUGCGGUCUAGGCAAGUUCUAAUUCCUGCACCUACAACCGGCAACGCAUUCGCUCAAGAACAAGUUACAUUCAACCGAUAAGCACGUCAGCGGAUAAGCAUCACUCCAUUGUGUCCGGCAUGUUACCGACUACUUGAACAGGGUGAUACAAUAUUUGCCGAACUAUCUACUACUCCUGCAUAGAGUGAAGAGACAAAAAGCAAAUGUCACAAACCCAUUCGAUAGGGUGAGGGUGUAAACGUUUUAAAUUGGCCGUAUCUGCUUCUUCAAUUUUUGUUUUUGCAACAUGGCGCGCUGACGAGAACGAAUGAACGCAGAACGAGUUCAGAAUAUUAUGGGGUGACAAAAGAAGAAUACAUUAAAUUUUAGGUUCAUUACAAUAGACGACCCAUACUAUAUGGACUGAAUCGAAAAACGUGAAAAGCAAACACAUGGUCUUUGCCGUUGGCAGAAAUAUAUUGCAAUGAAUAGACCAUUGUGAUUCAAAAUGAAAAUAUGAAAUGUUAUAACGCUGGGAGAUUUUAAACAGAUUUUCCUAACGAGAAAACCACGUUAGCCUUGUACGGCGAGUUUCGUGCUUCGUUUGUCUGUCAUGUCAUCACACACGACACGAGCACCAACUGUGCGUAUUUGGCAACUCAUGUAUUAUGCGUGUGAUUGCAUUUUAGAGUGGUGCAUUCGUUCACCGUUUAUCCGUUUUCCGUUUCGGUUUUCCGUUGGUGCAAUCAUCGUUUACUUCGUCUUCGGAUGUACGAAUGCUGUAUUUAUUUAUAGAGAUACAUAAGAACUUGUAAUACGACUUUCACGCACGUUGAUAGUGGUGAACAUUUUAAUAAUCAUUCACUCACAUAUUACCGCUCACACUGUGUUUUAGCUAAGCAAUGCACACGCCAUAACCGACAAGCUAGUAAGGUACCGGGUUGAGGUGAGCAAUUUACCCGUUCAAACGGUGGCUUUACUAAUCAUUUUCCUUACGUCCAUGCCACCACUUGGUACGGCAAACGGAAGAAUGUAUAAUAACGGUAGUGUGCAGUAGCUCUCUAAGGGCUCCCAGUAACACGCUCCUCUCUCAAAGCCUCACAAAAUCAAAUACACUCACACGUAACAUUUACGCAAGAACACGCAUGCCAAAUUGUAAAGAUUUUAAUGACAGCCUUUUAAAAAUCAAAGAUAAAGAAAACCAAUUCAUAAGAUAAACAGGUAUUGUUAUAUCAGUGAACAAAGGGUUACAAAACGGUAGAACAAACGGUGCAUUUACAUGAAACACGGACGAAUGAGUGAGAGCAGUGCAAUGGCUUAGUGCGACUAAAACACCUAUCCUAAAGACCGGCUAGAGAGUAUAAAUACGAGUAAAUUAUGCUACGAAACAAUGUUCAUACACAUAACUGACGAGGGGGGUUGUAAGGCGAGUACGAUGCACACGACGAAAGAAACGGAGAAAAGAGACGGUGAGCUAUUAACAGUAGACAAAAAAUUACAUAAUAGUAAUUAUUGAAACGUGCAACUAUAGAGAGAUAUGCAACAUUCUGAGGUUAUCCGUCCGCGAAUAUUUACAUUAGCCAUAUAAAAUACAAAAAUGAAAAAAAAAAAAACAUGAAUAUGAGUAAUGAAACCAAAGCUGAAAAUAAAA